UGUCACUGUUAUGGUGCUGUCAGGGCGCCGGCGUCGUGGUGCUUGGGCGGUCGCCACCUAAAGGACUUCGGCGGGGCAGUCUCGGGGGCAGCUCGUCUCCGGCCUCGCUCCCAGCCUGCUCCUCCCGGCUCGCGGGCCUCACCGGAAGGCGCGCGUGCGGGCCGGUGCCGCGGCCGCCUUGGGGCCUAGGCCCAGCCGCAGAGGGGCCGCGAGAUGCAGCCGCCGGGCCCGCCCCCGGCGUAUUCCCCUACGAACGGGGACUUCACCUUUGUCUCUUCGGCAGACGCGGAAGAUCUCAGUGGUUCAAUAGCAUCCCCAGAUGUCAAAUUAAACCUUGGUGGAGAUUUUAUUAAAGAAUCUACAGCUACUACAUUUCUGAGACAAAGAGGAUAUGGCUGGCUUUUGGAAGUUGAAGAUGAUGAUCCUGAAGAUAACAAGCCACUCUUGGAGGAAUUGGAUAUCGAUCUAAAGGAUAUUUACUACAAAAUCCGGUGUGUUUUGAUGCCAAUGCCAUCACUUGGUUUUAAUAGACAAGUGGUGAGGGACAAUCCUGACUUUUGGGGUCCUCUGGCUAUUGUUCUUUUCUUUUCCAUGAUAUCAUUAUAUGGACAGUUUAGGGUGGUCUCAUGGAUUAUAACCAUUUGGAUAUUUGGUUCCCUAACAAUUUUCUUACUGGCCAGAGUUCUUGGUGGAGAAGUUGCAUAUGGCCAAGUUCUUGGAGUUAUAGGAUAUUCACUACUUCCUCUCAUUGUAAUAGCCCCUAUACUUUUGGUGGUUGGAUCAUUUGAAGUGGUAUCUACACUUAUAAAAGGCACCUGGGUGGCUCAGUUGGUUAAGCGACUGCCUUUGGCUCAGGUCAUGAUCCUGGAGUCCCUGGAUCGAGUCCCGCAUCGGGCUCCCUGCUCGGCAGGGGGUCUGCUUCUCCCUCUGACCCUCCCCCCUCUCAUGUGCUCUCUCUCAUUCUCUCUGUCUCUCAAAUAAAUAAAUAAAAUCUUAAAAAAAAAAAAAAUUUUACCAGACAUUAAUAACUUUACUCCUAUUUGAAUAAUAACUACCUUAUCAAAUAUGAUAGACAUGAUUGUAAUAAGUUGGCUUUUCUGUAUUGUAGAGAUCAGGAUUUCUUUAUGCUGUGUUAAAUUUAAUACAUUAACAUAUAGAUCCAUAUUAAAUAUUUAAUGAUAAUAUUAAGUAUUAAUAAGUAGUAAAAUAACUUAAAUUUUGGUAUUUAUUAGUUUUGAACUCUCAGAAAUAAAUGACUGCUUUAGCGUAUGUAUGUAUAUUAUACAAUGAAUGUAAUUUUUUUCUUUAUGAAAAAUUAUAGAACUUCUUAAGGCUACCACUUUCAAAACUGCCAUUAUGUAGCCUUCACAUUAAAGUAUUUGUUUUUAAGUAGAGCCACUUAAUUUUUUAUGACAUACGGUUUUAUUUAAAGUUGAUUACUAAUUCAAAUAUAAAAGAAAUGAUUCCUUUUAGAAUUGAGUAACUACAGGCUAAUACUGACAUAUAAGCACUGGGUAUUAAAAAGUGUGGAUUUUGGAACCAUUCAGUUCUAAAUUCAAAUUCUGGUUCUUCCACUUACCUACUGCCUCCCUUGGGGGAUAUCUUCUCUUACCCUCCUCUGCAAACUGGGAAUCUUGACAACUAAUUUUUAGGGUCUGUUAUCUAGAUGGUAAAGGAUAUAUGCUUGAUACAGAGUAGGCACUCAAGCGGUAGCUGUUGUCAUUACAAAUGUUAUGAAAGAAUAUUUUGAGAACAUCUUUGUAUGUUAGAAUUGCAUGAACAUUUUAGAGACCAAGUAGAAUAUCAUUCUUUUCUCUCCAUUCUAAUCUUAAUUUUUUUUUUUUUUUGAUUGGCAUUAUUAGCACUUAGCUUACAAGUCUUGCAGUGCAGAAGCUAGCCCCAUUGCUGGCAUUUAAUUAUCUAGCUUUAGUGAACAUACCAUUUUACUGAAUCAUUCGGGAUCCUUCCUGUUUGUGUGUUGUUUUAACUUGGAUUAAAGUCUGUUUGAAUACUUCUGAGACUACUCCCCAAAUUGACAAAACUGUGUGUCCUCUGGUCACUUAAUAAUUGAGUUCAGCUAAAAGUUGGUCUUUAAUAUUCUUUAUGCAACUUAUGAACGUAUUAUUACAAAGUGGCAAAGUCUUUUAUAUCGUUAAAAAUUUAGGAUAUGAUUGUUUUAAACUUCAGAUU